UGUUUGCUUGAAUAUAAUGUAAAGCUGGCUUUUGUCCCACCUGUUUAUGAUAACAAUUUUUAGCGUUUUAACUCCGAGUCACGCUUACACGCAGUUUGUUGUCAUCAGCAUUUUCACUCGGAUCGUCCUUCUAUUUAAUUACUAUUUCCAUUCCAUCUUGCUUUUCGUUCUUAGUGUUUACAUUGAUUUCUCUUGUGUGUUCUCACUUAUUCCUUUACAGGUUAUACGUAUACGGAACUAUUUAUUUAAACCAAGAUGUCUGAUCGAAAGACAAAGCGAAAAGAAAAGUUGGCCAAGCAACUUGAAGAACAAAUGAAAGAAUUGGCCCUUGAGAACUCAGCCUUUUCAGUUUCUACGUCAAACAAUCAAAAUGCACAAGCUAUUGACAAUGCUAUAAAGAUAGAAAAUUUUUCUAUAAGUGCUGGUGGUAAAGAACUUUUUGUUAAUGCCUCUUUAAAUAUUACAUUUGGUCGACGAUAUGGUUUAGUUGGUCCUAAUGGUCACGGAAAGACAACCCUUCUUCGUCAUAUGGCUGAAAAAAAAGAUCUAGGUCUACCACCUGAUUUACAUGUACUCUUAUGUGAGCAAGAAGUUAUGGCGGAUGAAACUCCCGCUGUUGAAGUAUUAUUGAAAAGUGACGACCGUAUAACCAAACUUCAAAAAGAGCUAGAAGAUUUACAGAAUGCUGACAAUCCAGACCAAGAUCGUAUCAAUGAAAUUUACACUGAAUUAAAUGCUCUCGGUGCGGACUCAGCUGAAGCAAGGGCCAGAAGGAUUCUUGCUGGUUUAGGUUUUUCGACCAAAGAAAUGCAGGAUCGACCCACUAAAAACUUCUCUGGAGGUUGGAGAAUGAGAGUUUCACUUGCUCGUGCCCUGUUCAUUGAACCGACUCUUUUAUUACUUGACGAACCUACCAACCAUUUAGAUCUUAAUGCCGUCAUUUGGUUAGAUAACUAUUUACAAGGAUGGAAAAAGACUUUACUAGUUGUAUCUCACGACCAAUCUUUCUUGGAUAAUGUUUGCUCAGAUAUAAUUCAUUUAGAUCAAAAAAAGUUAUACUCUUACAGAGGUAAUUACACUCAAUUCAAGAAGAUGUACGUUCAGAAAAAAUCCGAGCUUCAAAAAGAAUAUGAAAAGCAAGAGAAAAAGCUAAGAGAGCUCAAAAAGAAAGGAACCUCUGGUAAACAAGCCGAGAAAUCGGUUAAAGAGCAACAAUCACGUAAACAAGGCGAAGUACAAGUGGGUGAAUUAAUUCAAAGACCAAAAGAUUAUAUAGUUAAAUUUAGAUUUACUGAUCCGACACCCCUUAAUCCUCCAAUACUUGGUUUACAUGAUGUCGAUUUCGCUUAUAAUCGUAAUGGGCCUUUAUUAUUCACAAAGCUCAAUUUUGGUGUUGAUAUGUCUAGUAGGAUUGCCAUUGUAGGACCUAAUGGUGUGGGAAAAUCCACCUUUUUGAAACUAUUAUCCGGUGAAUUAGAGCCACUUUCUGGUGAAUUGCGAGCCAAUCAUCGAGCCAGAAUUUCGAAAUUUGAUCAACAUUCAGGAGAACAUUUAAACCCAGAAGAAACUCCAACCGAAUUUCUUAUGCGUAUCUUCAAUAAAACGUAUCAAGAAGCUCGUAAACAGUUAGGAUCAUUCGGAUUGGUUGGUCAUGCUCAUACAAUCCCAUGUGGUCAACUCAGUGGAGGUCAAAAAAGUCGUGUAGCUUUGUGUGAAAUGGCCCUUAAAGGACCACAUAUUUUAAUUAUGGACGAACCUACGAAUAACUUGGAUCUAGAGUCUAUCGAUGCUUUAGCCGAUGCAAUCAACAAAUUUUCAGGUGGAGUUGUUAUUGUUACCCACGAUGAAAGACUUAUAAGAGAAACGGAAUGUCAACUUUGGGUUGUUGAGAAUAAAACGAUUGAAGAAAUUGAUGGUGACUUCGAUGACUACAGAGAAGAACUUCUUAAUGCUCUUGGAGAGACUGUUAAUAAUCCUUCGAUUUCAGCUAAAUUAGCUGGUGCCAUUUAAUGAUUGUGUUUCUUAGGUUGAUUGGUCAUUACUGCUGCUUUCAAUGAGCAGUUUGUUUUUUUUGUAUUGUUUUCUCAAGAAAAAAAUUACUAAACCUUUUAACAUCGAAAAAAUAUAAUAAAGAAUUAUGUUGAAGGACAAAAA